AUGACUGGUGCGGAUAAUAAUGCGCUACUAGAGGAAAUAGCGCAGCUUGCUGGAGCAAUAAACAGACACAAAAGCAAAAAUCAUGGAUUCAAACCAUCGAGUUAUGGUAGUAGCUACGUUGCGCAGGACUCAUAUCGCGGGCGAGGCCGUGGACGGGGCCGUGGUGGCAAUCGAGGCGGAUUUCGGUCUCGGGGAGGUAGAUAUCGGGGCAAUUUCUCGCAAAGAAACCCCUAUAACUAUGAUGCCUCUGCUUCCCGACUAUCUCUUCCCAAGAUAGACAGUUUCUGCUCAAUAUACACUAGAACGGGAACAUGCUCCCAGGGACAAGCGUGCCGGUAUAUACACGAUGCUUCGAGAGUGGCCCUCUGCCGUGCGAGUCUCCAUGGGGAAUGUCGCAAUCCGACCUGUACAUUAAGCCACGAGCCAAACGAACAUAAUGCACCGCUGUGCACCCAUUUUGCCCAGGGCCGCUGCACAAGAGACGAUUGUAAAUAUACCCACAUGGUGAAUCUCACGAGGGAUGCGCCGACAUGCCGGGCUUUUGCUCUAGAAGGAUGGUGCGACGCCGGUGCCAAAUGUACCAAAUGUCAUAUCUAUCACUGUCCGGAUUUUGAAGAGUCGGGAGGCAAAUGCCCGCGGCCCCAGUGCCCGCUAAAGCAUGUUUUACGACUCAAAAAACCCGCACAGCCUUCUGAGCCCAAGGCUCAAGAAGAAAAAGUCAGUGUCAGUUCUCUUCUCCAAAGCCUGACCAGAGAAGAUGGCGAGGACGAAGAUGGCACUGAUACAUAUGAAAGCUCCUCUAGCGAUGAAGAUAUCGAACAUAGUUCGUCAACUGCCCCUGAGAACAGUUUGGCAGUGAAUGACGAUUUUGUCAGUCUGUAG